UUGGUUCGCCCCUAACAGGACCCGGCUCCAGCUCGCCAGCUGCCACCCACAUGCACUCUCCGGUGUGUGACGCCCCGCUCCUGCCCACGCACCCCCUCCGCGGAACCCGGAGCGCCCUGCGGCAGCGCUCUGCAGCAACACGCCGCCCCACGCCCAGCCCCAGCCCCACGGGCGGGCAGGGGAGGACGAGGAGCAGCUGCCAUUGUGCCGUGCAGCGGCGCGUGCUAAAACCAGCCCCGUGUGAGUGACUCUCCUAAUAAAGCUCGGGCGCUUGAGCACCAGCCCCGGGCUCUCCGCGCCCUAUAAAACCCUUCCCUGCAAAGGGAGCGGGCUCGGCUCGGCACCAGGCGCGGACCGGCGGCAGCGAGAAAGCGCAUCCGCGCCCCCCACCUCAAUCCCGGCGAGAUGCCCCACGUAGACUCGGAUCUUAAACUGGACUUUCAUGACGUCCUGCUCAGACCUAAGAGAAGCAGCCUCAAAAGCAGAGCCGAGUUCUUUGAAGCAUCUCUCAGGUGAAGGCUGAAGAAUGGAAAACGUAAAGACCAGUGAAGGAGUCUCAGCAGUAUGUGGGGAGAUACUUCACAGAUUAACCCAAUGUCUUAAUAUUGUAGAUCUAGUUCGUACCUUCACAUUCCGCAACUCCAAACAAACAUACACAGGGAUCCCCAUUAUGGUGGCAAAUAUGGACACCGUGGGCACGUUUGAAAUGGCAAAGGUGAUGACUAAACAUGCAAUGUUCACUGCUAUUCAGAAGCAUUAUUCUCUGGAAGAAUGGAAACUGUUUGCAGUCAAUCACCCAGAAUGCCUUGAGCAUGUAGCAGUGAGCUCAGGCAGUGGGAAGGCUGAUUUGGACAGGCUGACAAGUAUCCUGGAGGCCAUUCCCCUUAUCAAGUACAUCUGCCUGGAUGUGGCCAAUGGAUAUUCAGAGCACUUUGUGGAAUUUGUGAAAACUGUCCAUGCCAAGUUUCCAAAUCACACCAUCAUGGCAGGUAAUGUGGUGACAGGAGAGAUGGUGGAGGAACUUACUCUUUCUGGAGCAGAUAUCAUUAAAGUGGGUAUUGGACCUGGUUCUGUGUGCACCACCCGGAUUAAGACAGGUGUGGGCUACCCUCAGCUGAGUGCUGUGAUCGAGUGUGCAGACUCUGCCCAUGGCCUGAAGGGGCAUAUCAUUUCUGAUGGAGGCUGUAGCUGUCCAGGAGAUGUCGCCAAAGCGUUUGGAGCUGGUGCUGAUUUUGUCAUGCUUGGAGGAAUGUUUGCAGGCCACGAUCAAUGUGCUGGAGAGGUUCUAGAAAAAAAUGGCAAGAAGGUGAAACUGUUCUACGGGAUGAGCUCUGAUACGGCCAUGAAGAAGCACGUAGGAGGAGUUGCUGAAUACAGGGCUUCGGAGGGCAGAACCGUGGAAGUGCCUUACAGAGGUGACGUGGAAACCACCAUCCUUGAUAUCCUCGGGGGCCUGCGAUCCACCUGCACCUACGUGGGAGCUGCCAAACUCAAAGAGCUGAGCAGGAGGGCGACAUUUAUCCGGGUCACCCAGCAGCACAGCCAGGUGUUUUCUUAACCAAGGACUGGGACCUGUGAAAUGUGUCUGCCGCUUCUCCCCACUUCCUCUGUGUUUUGUGUUAGAGCUUCAUGGGGGCAAACCCCGCAGGCUGUGGAAGUAGGUGGGUCAGUUGCCACUGGUGACGGGGUUAAGCAGAGGGACAUGCCAUCAAACACAGUGCCAUGUAGGAUUCUUUUGGUUCACGAUACAGUAGCCUCAUCUUUUAAAGUCACGUCUGUUUGUUUUAAAUCUAAUUUUUUCACCAUUCAUUCAUAGUGAGUUUGCCUUCCAGACCCUGAUCGCUGUUACCAAGUUUUAAAACAUCCCCACAACCUCUUGCUAGCACUGCUCCAGCAGUACGGGCUAUAGGAGCUGCCGGCUGGGAGGGGAUGUUGAUGUUCAGUAUGUUGAUCUGUGUAACCAAAGAUCAAAGCCAUACUUUUUGACCUUUCAGGUGGCUGGAUGAGCCAAGGUUGCUGCUACAUUUUCACUGUGAUGUUAAAAAUGCUGGAGCUGUAGCAAUGGCAUUUCAGGCACCUUUUAGGGCCUUUUGUAUUUAAAUCACUAUAUUAACGGACUUACCUCUCCAUAGACACUGGCAUUAUAAUGUAGUGAGUGCUUCCUCCUCCCACCCCCACCCAGAACAUUUAACAGGGUACCAGUUUUUUGAUGGAUACAAUCCUCAGAGUUUCUCAGGGCUCCUGUUUUUAACAGUCUCUGAAUAGGUUUUGAAGCUGUAGACACACAGAUAUACUCAACACCAGUGGCCUGAUUCUGCACAGCCUUGUGAUUUGCAUAGUCAUUUCAGCUGACACAAAGCGACUAUGAAUACACACUCGCUUUGCCUGGCUGUAGAAAUGAUUACACAUUGAGCAAGGCCUGGGGAAUCAGGCCAAAGGGGUCAAAUCCAUCUCUCUGUUACCCUGGUGCAACUCUUUUGAAGUCAGAGGUGUAACCGAGAGCAAAAUCUGGCCUGCAAUAUACCAGCUGAAAACUUCAUUGCAAGAAGCCAGUUGUCUGAUCUUGAGUAAAAGCAGUUGCUGUGAAGACAAUAAUUAAUAUUUUAGACUCUGGGCAACACUGUAAUAAACUGUAAUGGUAGACUAAUUAAUUGAUAAAUCACAAUGAAAUUUCUUUGGAAGUACACAUUGAAUCCCCAGGAAUACCACAGUAGUUCCUUAUGAUAAAUGUUAUUAGAGUGAAUACCAGUGAAUUAAUGAUGACCGGCCACUUACUUUAGCAUGUUACUGAGAUAUCAAUACAGUUGGAAACUGAAGUAACUUCAGUCUUAUUUUUCCUUCCAUGGAAAGAUAGAGACUUCCUUUGGAAUGCAAAACUGUGACCUGUGGGAAGGGGGGCAGGCAGGAAAGCAAAUGGAAUUAUUCUAGCAUUCUUUGUUGUUUAGAAAAGAUAAAGGAGGAUCGGUACAAUGGAACAUGUUAAGUAACAAAUCUAAUUCCCAAAUCAGUCAUUGAUGGUGUUAAUCAGCUUAUGCAUAAUGGGAAAAGCCUAGAUGAUCCUUCAUCUGAAGGCAGGUGGUUUACAAUAAAAUGUUAAGUAUUCUCCAUUAAGCACUGUGGACCUGAUUCUCAUUUACAAGAAGACUCUGCCCUGGCAUUGUACAGGGGGCCUUAAAGAGGGCAUAGGUUACAUGUACGCUACUUUUUAAGGCCCAUUUACACUGCCAGAGUGGUGUAAAGAAACUUAAGUAAAAAUGAGAAUCAGGCUCCCAGGCCCUGCCAAAUAACUUUUCUUCUGAAGUUGGAAUUUAUAUGUAGUGAACUCUAGAAGGGCAGCCGAAUGUUUUUUUUACUAAAAAUAAAUACAAAUAUUGUGGGCCAAAUUCUGCUGUCAGUUAAACUGAUGUAAACCCAGAGUAGCGCCACUGAAAUCUAUGAAGUUACUUGGAAUUUACAUAGGUAUAACUAAGAGUAGAGUGUCUCCCCUCUCUCCCCUUCCGCCCCCAGCCACAUACCCAUAAGAAAAGUGUAAGUGUAUACAGGUAAAUCAAAACUUCUUCAAGGAAUGAGGUUAUACCGAAUAUACACUCAUACCACCAGUGCAUUUCCAUACUUGUGCCUUCAUACUUCAGACGUGUGGCUGUCACCUAGAUGCUCCCAGGUUGGGAUGCUAAUUGGUUUUAUAUGGUUUUGUGGGCUACAUUUAUAAAUGUAAAGUUUUUUUUAAACCUCUGCACAUUUAAAAGAAUAGAUCUUUAAUGUACACAUUGGAACUGCUGCUUUUCUGUGGUGAAAAUGCCUCGAUUCUCCCCUGCCUUGGCCAUUAUGGAGUCAGUUACACCUGUGCAAAUGGUAUGUAAAAUGCAGCCAUUCGGCCUUGAUGGCAUUUUACACCCACUUUGCACAGGUGUGAAAGACUACUAAGGGUCACACCAGUGGAUAAUGAGGCACUGCAGGGUACAUAUCCACUGCAGCUGGAAGGUGUGAUGGCCAGCGUGGGUAGACACUUUCUUGCUAGCUCAGCUUGAGCUAGUGAGCUAAAGAUAGCAGUGUGGAUGUAGCCACCCAAGCUUAGACUCAGGGUUUGGGUGAGCUUGGACUCAGGUGGCUAGUCCAUGCUGCAACAUCCACACUGCUAUAUUUAGUGUACUAGCUCAAGCUAAGGUAGCACUAGGACUCUCAUUACCCAGCUGCAGUGUAGAUGUACCCAUAGGCUUUAGAAGCCUGGUGUGGUCUAUAGGUUCUCUGUGAUGCUGGGGAAAAAAGAAGCCAUCACUAUGAUGCUGAAUUAUUUUUAAUAGAACCUUACCCUCUUCUUGGUAACCAGCAGCAGUUUCCACUGGAAGGGAAACAAGCAACAGAAGGCAGCCCGCUGUAGAGCAGUUCAACUGGCGGAGAACCACCCUGUGUGGUUCAACUGGGUAUUUCUUCAGAGUACACCUUCCAUCAGAUGGCUCCUUUCACAAUGCUCCUGGUACAAAUACGUACGUGUACAGCACACGCCUUUGAAAGUGGAACAAAGAGAUUGGCCUGAGGCUAACUCAGGACCCAGUCUUGUGAGGUGACAGGUGCCCUCCAUGUCUGUAGGACACAGCUCCUCCUUCCGCUCCAGUUAGAGGCCAAACUCUUGUUGAAGUCAUUGGAAGUUGAGGGUGUGCUACACCUGGCAGGAUUAGGCCCCGAAGCAAUUAACUUGAGCUACCUCAUCUGAUCAUUUUACAAGGUUCUCCAGUUCUUAGUAAGAAGAACAGGAGUACUUGUGGCACCUUAGAGACUAAUUUGUUAGUCUCUAAGGUGCCACAAGUACUCCUUUUUGUGGAUACAGACUAACACGGCUGCUACUCUGAAACCAGUUCUUAGUGUCCUUCCUGGGGCUUAGCGGUGUGCUGCACUUCAUGAACUGCUACCGGGUCAGCUGCCAAGAGUCCCCCCCCCCCCAGCUAUAUUGCAAGUGUCUUAAGCAGCGGCUACCCAUGACACUGGGCCAAAUUCUGACUUGCUUUCCACACCCUUGCAACACCAUGACAUCAGUGCAUAAGAGGAAAGUUAGAAUUUGGCCCACUGGCUCCAUCAAGAUGUAGCUAACGUGCCACAUUGCUUUAAAAAAAUGAAGCUAGUUUAAACAAAUCUGAUUAAGUUUUGGGUACGAUAAUACACAUUUAAAGCCAAAGCCUGCACAAGGCAUAGGAACCUCUAUGUCUCCCAGUCCAACUGUGUGACAGCAGGGGAGGCUGAGGAGCACUACUGUAGGAGUGGUGCCUACACCACAGCACCAAGGGAUUGUGGUCUGACAGGUAGUGCUGUGUGGUCAGUGGAUGUGCUGGGACCAAGGGUGGGGAUGGUCUGUGGUAAGAAGAGGUACACACUGUCCUCAGCCCACUACCUCAUCUUGCUCAGCAUCCUCAGGGGGCUCUGGAAAACACCAUGUGACGGUCACACUUCUGUGCCUUCCCCCAUCGCUCUGAAUGGGUAAGUGUUGGAUUUUGCCCUUGCUGCUGUCAGGUGUUGUGUGCAGGGGUCAUUCCAGGAAGCACAAGUUAGGAGGGCUUUCAGGAAGUUUGCUGAGGAUGGUGAAAGGUGAGCGCUUUUGCAAGUCUUCCAAGACGCAGUAUGACACCACCACUGGAUACAGGAUUAAUGUUUUAAUCCACGGGCGUUUGUGGUCUGAAACUCCUGCUAGGCCUAAUUCUCUCACGCACCACUUUCACAUUAGUGUAAACCCAUUGACUUCUACGGAGUCUCUCCUAAUUUUCACCAGUGUAAAUGAGAGCUAAAUCAGGCUUCUCUCGCCAAACUCUGAUGGGCAUUUAGGCCAAAUCCUCUGCUGUUGGAGUCAAUGGGGAUUUUGCAGCUGACCUCAGAGACCCUGCAGGAUAUGGCAAUCAGUCUUGCCCACUAAUAAUAAGGGUUCUCUCCUCCCCUCCAUCUGCCUUAGACUUGGUUCUUUUUUAUUCAUUCAGACAUUUAGGCCUGUCCUCUGGAUGUGACUUCACAGCAUCAGCUAUUACACCGCUGACGUGGAUGACAUUUCCAAACAUAUGUAAUAAAGAGCCCAAAGCUCCUAUGUGACAAAUAAAGUUUGUGAUAAUUUUGAAGACCAUACAUGAAGUCUUUAAAAAAGAGUGAGUGUUAACCAUUUCCAUAAGACUGCAUGCGCCACAGCUGAGAUGAUUAAGAAUGGGUAUCUUCUUUCCUCAUUUGUAGCCAAAAAACAGCGCACAGAAUGCGUCUGCCAUGAUGAACAUGCUCAUAUAAAGUGAUCAUAUUGUGCACCCUGGCUGUUCUGUUAUGAAAUAAACGGCUUCCCUCUGGCAGAUUGGAUAGGAUUAUAUGCUGAAUGUGGGAAUGUGCAAACUUUUAUGUAUAGUGAUAAAAACAAACUCCAUAAAAACUUGUGGCUGAAGCUAGAUCUGAAGGGGGAAAAAUUAAAUGGACAAAUUAUUCUUUCAAAGGAAAAUUGUCUCUCAUUCUUUCUUAACGCAUAAAGACAGACACACA